AUGGUAGGGAAGCUUGCUUUUCUGCAUCCCGCCCACUACACAUCGUCGUUCAUAAUAACCGCCGCCGCCGCCCACUACACCGUCACUCUACGGCCAGCCAAGGCAGAGCGUCUGUCCCGUCUGUGGGCAGAAGUUGAGGCGAAACGGGCUAUCGAGCAAAUCGACGAUGAACGUGAGCGGGAGCGAUUGAAAAAGAAGGGCAACGUCAAGGACAACAUUUUUGACGAAGACGCCGAAGUGCGACCCUCAUCGACGGACGAUUCACAGUCUAUCGUACCCAAGGAGGCUCACAAAAAUGGUAAUCACGUCAUCAUCAGCGCCUUUGUUUGGUCCUUCGUUCUCCUUGCACUCCUCACCGCUGGGGUCAUCGCCCUACGCCGGAUCAGGGCGCUGGGUGAUCAUACACGUUAUGAAGUAUACAUACUUAGCCUACUUGUUCUGCGGGAUAACUCGAUAAAUAUGCCGCUCACCAACACUUCCCCAUACUGGAUGUCGAUUCCGGCGGUCUAA